UAGUCUACUACGAUUUCGAAACCUAUGUAGAUACAGAUGGUUUACACAAACCUUUUCUUAUCUGCUGUAAAUCAAAUAGACUGGAGAAACAGUGGUUUGGCACAGAUUGUGUUGACGAAUUUCUCAGAUUUUUUCGAAACCCCCGGUUUAAACAAACGACAUUUGUUGCACAUAAUGCGAGAGGUUUUGAUUCAUACAUCUUGAAUUAGGUAUCAAACUUGACAUUCUGAUGCAAGGGAGUAAAGUUCUAUCAUUUGUCGAUUUAGACACAAAAUCUCGAUUCAUAGACUCGCUCUCAUUCCUGACGAUGCCUCUAAGUGCGAUGCCUAAGGCCCUGGGGUUUGAAGAUAAAUCAAAGGGUUAUUUUCCACACAAAUUCAGCUCUUUAGAACAUCUAAACUACGUAGGGUGUCACCCUGACCCUACGUACUACGAUAUCGAGCGAAUGUCACCCUCUCAACAAGCUACGUUUGAUGAAUGGUAUGCCAAAGAAGCUAGCGGUGUGUUCGAUUUUGCUAAACAGGCGAUAGCCUACUGUGAGAAUGACGUUGACCUGUUAAUGCAAGGGUGUGAGAAAUUCAGGAGUGAGUUUUUUGAGGCCACCGGAACAGACCCAUUCAAUGCUGUGACAAUAGCCUCUGCGUGCAUGAAGGUUUUUCGCCCUAAUUUCCUAACCCAUCAAACACUAGCCAUUACACCUUCAGACAACUAUAUGCGUCAGUCCAAAGCUUUUUCGCAUGACUCUAUUCAAUACCUGCAAUGGAUCAUGCAUAGCCAAAAUAUUCACAUUAGGCAUGCAUUGAACGGGGCCGAGGUUAAGAUAGUUAACUACACGGUAGACGGAUAUUCUGAAAUCGGAGGCGUGAAAAUAGUUUUUGAGUAUUUUGGUUGUUAUCACCACGGCUGCGCAGAAUGCUACGACCUCUCUAAAAUAUGUCCGACAACAAAACGCCCCUUUCAUGAGAGGUUUGAUAACACCCAAAAGAAAAUUCAGGAACUACAGCUUAAACAGGAUGUGCACCUUGUAAUUAUGUGGGAGCACGAAUGGCUGCAAAUGCAAAAGUUGAACAUAGAGGUGAAGGAAUUCCUGAAAAAAGCCAAAUUUCCUACACCGCUCAAGCCGAGGCAGGCCCUUUUUGGGGGUCAAACAAACACAUUCGUUUUGAGAUACACGGCAGAACCUGACGAGCGUGUGUUGUAUGUUGAUGUGACGUCAUUAUACCCUUUCAUCAAUAGUACAGGCACCUACCCUAUCGGUCAUCCAACGAUUAUCCACGGUGAUUUUAAAGACCCCAGGUCGUAUUUCGGUUUCAUCAGCGCCACAGUCAACCCACCCCGUGGUUUGUAUUUUCCUGUUUUACCCUUCAAAACAGCUAAAGGUAAACUCCAGCAGACAGCGUGUACACAUAGUGAUGAGCAAAGAUCGUUAACAGGUGUUUGGACAACCCCUGAAUUUGUUAAGGCACUUGAUCUCGGCUACACGGUUGCAGAUGUUACAGAAGUAUGGCAUUCCACAAGAGCGAGCGACACAAUUUUCCGUGAUUAUAUGCGAACAUUUCUAAAAGGUAAACAGGAAUCUUCAGGUUAUCCGGCGCACGUGGUCAAUCAGGCUGAUAGAGAAAGAUACAUAGAAGGGUACGCAAUUCAUCAGGGUAUCCAACUAGACCCUUCCAAAAUUGCUGUAAACCAGGGAAAAAGACAAGUUUCAAAACUCUGUCUUAACAAUCUAUGGGGAAAACUCGUGCAGCGUGAGAACAUGACAAACACAAAAAUUGUGACAAAAUCUGAGGAAUUUUUUGAACGUCUGUUUUCAGGUCUGUACGAUGUGAAAUUCUUCCACUUUAUCAGCGAAAAGCUUUCGAUUUCUCUGUCUUUGUCUCUGUUUCUGUUAGUUUCUGUUCCCGUCUGCGAGUUGCGACCAGCGCCUGGACCAACCCUCGCCACCAGCUUCCGUAUCUGCGACGCCGGACCCACGUGCGCCAUCGGGAUCCACCCCAGCGUCGCUGGACCCGCAGCCGUCGCCGGACCUCGUCCCAGCGGCGCUGGACCCGUGGCCGCCGUCGGAUCUCGUCCUAGCGGUGCCAGACCCGUGGCCACCGUUGGAGCUCGUCUCAGCGCCAUGAGACUUGAGGCCGCCAUCAGACCCCAGCGUCGCUGGACCCGCAGCCGUCGCCGGACCUCGUCCCAGCGGCGCUGGACCCGUGGCCGCCGUCGGAUCUCGUCCUAG